CAUUCAAAAAUCAGUCGUUCAGUAGGGUCUUUCACGAAGGGCAGUUGGCACCAGUGCGCAUUGCGCAAGCGCAAAGAGUACACACUCAACACGACGGAGGACAACAGCUGCAGACAUCAGCACAUAUGUCGAAGAACAAUAGCAAAGUGAAGUGAAUGAAAACUUGCUAUCAAGUAAUGCUGGGAAGCAUAUUGGGGCUGUUUAACAACUGUCAUGUUUAAAUGAGGGUGGGCGUGUUGUAUCACGGAUCUUAAAGAGAAAAACAAUGCCUUUAGCGAUAUCAGCAGACGAUCAGUACUCACCAUGGACUGGUUUGGUGUACAUCUUCAACUUAAUAGUUGGCACAGGGGCUCUCACCCUCCCAGCUUCAUUUCUGAAAGCGGGUUGGGGCUUAGGUGUAGGCUUGAUUGUUAUUCUAGCUUUUGUAAGCUAUAUAACUGCCACAUUUGUUUUGGAAGCUUUGUCAUGUGCUAAUUUUAUUGUACGAUACAAGAGGAUGAAGAUACUAUCAAGAGUAAGCCACAGAAUAUCGCGGGCAAAUCAAAUAAACCAAUCUGAAACAGAAGACGAAAUUGAUGAAACAAAUGAAGAUGCCCCUCUGUUUACGCCUACAGAAGAUGCUCUGGAAAGAUUCCCCAGUCAACCUCGCCACUUCUACAGCUUGAGUGAGAAGUUGGAAAUGAGUGAUAUGGCAAACAUGUUUUUUGGACGAUUUGGGCAAAUAUUAUUUUUUCUCUGCUUUGCCAUAUAUCUUUAUGGAGAUUUAGCUAUAUAUACUGCAGUUGUUUCUAAAUCACUCAGCGAUGUCAUAUGCACAUACGAACCCAAUGUUAAUUCAUCUUGUGGAGACAAUCUAUCGCCAAACACAGAAUGUUGGGAGGGUUUUUCAUUUACUAGGUUAUCCAUUUACAGAAUAUUAAUUGCCAUUUUCUUCGCAUGCAUGGGUCCUUUUGCAUUUUUCAAUGUUCAAAAGACCAAAUACCUACAACUCUUCACAUCUUUUAUGCGUUGGCUGGCAUUUACUGUCAUGAUCAGUUUAGCAGUGAGGCAGCUUAUUCUAAAAGGUCCGGAAGGUCAUCCUAGUGUAGCUAAUAUCAGUGGUUUGCCAGCCCUUUUAGGAGCUAGUGUGUAUUCUUUCAUGUGUCACCACUCCCUACCUGGUCUUAUUGCCCCCAUUUCUGGAAAUAAUCAAAUGAAAAGACUACUAGCAUUGGACUAUGGACUGAUUGCAAGUUUUUACCUUCUGCUGUCUCUUACUGGAGUGUUUGCCUUUUCUCAGCCAGAUGAAUUGUACACUCUCGUUUUCAAUCCCCGUUGCUCAGCUUCAGACAUAGAAGACUCCACAUUCAUGCGUAUUAUAGGCUACUUCCUUGCCUUAUUUCCUGUUUUCACUUUAAGCACAAGCUUCCCUAUCAUUGCCAUCACUCUGAAAAAUAACUUACAAAAUGCCACUGUAGGAAGUAACACUGCUUCAUAUCCGUGGAUAGUUCAACAUUUGCUUUUCCCCUUUCUUUCUGUGAUACCACCUGUGCUGGUUGCAUUGAUUUCAGAAGAUCUUGAGAUUCUAGUUAGAAUAACGGGAUCUUUUGCGGGUGCUGGUAUUCAGUACAUCAUACCUGCACUUCUAGUGUUCUUUGCUCGUAGAGAAGUUAAAAGACUACCUUCAGGAGACUCAGUCAAUAUGUUUGCUUCUCCAUUUCAGGGAGCAACAUGGGUAGUGCUAGUCCUUCUUUGGGCUACAGCAUGCAUUUUGCUAGUUUUCUUUAAACUAUUUCUUAGUUAAUUAGGUGCUACUUCAGUAGUUGAAGAUUUAAAAAUGUGAUUAUUUGUUUUGACAUUUUCCUAUUGAAAGUAAUUCCUACUAAAAUUUAUUGUUUGUAAAUUAUUUUUUACUUAUGCGUGGACAAUAAUCUACCGUAUUUAAGACUUAAACAUCAUCGCUUUUCCUUCUGAAAUCGUACUAUUUGACUACAUACAUUUUGAUUGUAUGUCUCUCCAUGAAUUAUGUUUUCCACUAUUUCAAGUGAUAUUGAAGUUUGUUUUAAGUACUCUAGGAGAUGUUUGCUCAGUUAUUACUUACCUCUUCUUGUUACUAUUUGGAAAGUGCUGUUGAUAUUCCAUGAUGCAUAGACUGAAUUUUGAAUUUAUCUCUAUAGAGUCAUCAAAUUUAUUUUUUACCUUGUGAUAUAUUUUGUUUGACUUUAAUCUUAACUAUGGGCUUAAUGUUAAGUCAGUAUUCUUAAUUAUGCUAAUCUUACUUAGAUAUAGUAAGAUUGACAUGUAUGUGAUAAACUUCCAAAUUAUUUAGUCUUACUUUUUUGUGUUAUCUUACGAGUAAUGCUGGAAGUCCGUUAAUGUCAACAUAAACCAACUGUGAAGGGCAAUUUCAUGGUAAUUAUCGGACAGAAUUCAUUUUCUUGGCAUUACUUGAGUAAUGUCGUAAUGCCUUGUCUACUCAGGUAAUGUGCACAUAGGGUAAUCUCAUGGCAAUUGAUCCUUGGGUUAUCUGUAAUUAAUACGUAAAACAGACAUUAUCGAAUACCCUUACCGAAUCUCUAUUGUUCUAAUUAUGAAAUUUGACAUUAUGCAAGGUGCCCGGGAUGAUGCCAGUCUAGCCUGGUACUGUCCCCCGAUAUCUCCAGUAAAUGUUGCAUUCUCCCGACUUGAUUUCCAUACAUUGCCCUUAAUAUAUAGGUAUGUAGCAUUA